AUGUCACGACCAAACACCACCGUCCCCAUUCCAUUGACCGAUGUCACUCUCAAUUCUAUCUGCGAAACAAACCUCGCGGCUGACCAGCACUACCAAUCUACAUCAGCACCCUUCACUCAGCUGCCCACCAACGACCAAAACAACGCCAACUUGCACGAAGCCUACGUCCAAACAUGCCACAAUGCUGACUGCAAUGCCAAGUCCAUCAGUUCGCGGAUACCGUUCAUGAGCGGGGAGGGAGCCAUUGCAUUCUACGGCCGAGACAAGUUUAGCAAAGACGCCUUCGAGCAGAGUCUGAGGAAUGGACAUUGGUACUGCCCUAGCCACUCGGCAGAUGCCCCUUCGAACCCUGUCAUCGCAAUUGAAUCAUGUGGGAUUGAGUUCGAGAGUCGAGACGACGACGAACCUUACGCAGAGGAAAUCCAGGGAUCUGGCGAAGAAGACGGACAGGUGCACAGAUGGAGAUGCACUGCGCCAAUCAUCGUAUUCGAGAACGGCUCCGUCUCGCGAGACGAGGAAGGGUACAGAGGAUGCUCGAGGUUUCACAAAGCUUUAUCACUGGCUAGAGGUCCCGACAAUCGAAUUACUCUUCCGUCCAUGAAGACUGAAGAAACCGCUUUGGUACCAUACACGGCAGCUCCUCGUCCCAAUAGCCAGAUGUUGUUGCUCCCGUCAGUCACACCCUUGCUGCGGUUGACGUCCUCAGAAGUAGACACUCGUAGUGUGGCAGGUGAUGGGGCUUCGUCCAACAUGAACGAUCCUCGCCAGUCUGCCCGGCCAGAGGAUGACAUUCUUUUGGUGGAUGCGGACGACGGAGCACCAUCUCCCUUUGACCAGGCUUGGAACAACACAGCAAAAUACUUUGAUGAUCCUCGCCAUCCCGCCUCUAUUUGGUGCGAAACAGAGCCCAUUCCAACGUGCACGGUAUGCGGUUCCUCCGUCAUCGACGGCGGCGAGAACGCCACACGAGAGGAAAGAAAACAGUACUGGAAAACGUGUGAAUCCGUAUGGGAACAACAGACCUCUGGCCUACCUCGCAUCCAAGCAGAUUACCACGAAGAAAAGUGGCCCAAUAGACACAAGACCGAUGCUGCUAGUCUUCAGACGAACUACUAUGCUCUGCCGUGGUGUCGUAGCGGGGUGAUGGAGGAUUUCUUGAGAGACAAGAAGUACGAAAUGUAUGAGAAGAAGCAGUAA